CUGUGUUUAGCUGACUUUGUCACCGACCAGAAUGCUCACGUAGUAGAUGCAGUCUAUGCACCGCUCGUGGGCGGAUAUUGCAUUGUUUUGUCAGAUGGUCGCGCUGCACUACUCACGUCAUCCGAUUCACGGUUUCAUCCGAAUAGUGUUCUCGGUGUUUGGGCGCUAAAUAUGAAGGAUGCAACAUGCACCGAUGUGAAUCAUAAAUUUCGGCUACUAACGUUUGGCUGUGCGAAUGGAGACGUGGCUGCAUAUCAUCUGGAUGAUGCUGAUGGGUCACUCAUUCAAACAUUUCGAGUUGCCCUCAAGGUGCAGAAUGGCCCAGAUGUUGCCAAUCGGGUAGGCAGCGUAUCUGGAAUAAAAGUGCUGAGCAAUGGAGGUGCAUUCGUUGCCGUGUGGUCUUCAAAAACAAUGCACAGUAAUGGGUCCGAUACGGCAGCUCACUUACCUCCAACUUUAGCUGUAUUUACCCCAUUCGGUACUCAGACCUGGUGUUCGCUAGAAUCUGUCGCGGACAGCGAUGGCGCUCCCUCGAUAUCGUACACAUCGGUUGAUUGGGGGCCUGAAGGGUAUCAUUUAUGGUUGGGACGGAGCGACGGAUUAGCCAUUUUGCCUAUGGCCAGAUCGGCUGCGUUAUGUAACCCUAUAAUGGAUCAUGCAACUUACGUCGUAUUAAUGUGUAGCUCAAGAAUUCUCAUCAGCUCGAAUCGUGAGCGCGAAAAUAACGCCAGCGCUCCGCACGCUGUUUGGUCGACUCACAAUCCACCACAUGAGUAUGUCGCCUCAAACUGGCCCAUACGGUAUGCUGCUGUCGAUCAGGACUGUGCCAAAACUCUUGUAGUGGCAGGGCUUCGUGGCUUAGCACACUGUACGCUGCCGGCAGGCAGGUGGAAGAUUUUUGGCAACGAAAGUCAUGAAGCUUCGCUAAUGGUAACCGGUGGAGUGCUUGUAUGGAAGGGAACCGUUGGUACUGCGUGCUAUGAUAUAGAUCUGUCUCGAGAGCAGUUGCGGUUUUAUCCUCUGAACAAAAAGCUCGACAAUCGUUAUGCUUCAGUACAUAACUUGGAAUGUCGCGUGAUCAUGAUGUCUUUC